AGUUUACUGCGCGGAAACACGCGCAAUAACAAUGUUAUAAUAGUUGAUAAAAACGGAGUAAUAAAAGAGAGAAAGAAAAAAAAAAGCGAGCCCGAACGACGGGACCGUCGCGCUUAUUUCAUUGUCGUCCGAGUGACUUACAUUUCCGUCAGUUUUCCGGAAAGUCGUUACGACGACGUCUCACGGUGUCCGCCCGCAGUCGAAUCAGUCGCGAUUGCCUAUUGUUACUAUUGUUAAAUCGCAUCCCGCAAAAUGACGGAAGAAUCGAAACCUCUGUUGAACAAUGACGACGUUUCCGAUCAGAAAAUUUCGGACGCAGGUAACGUUGACAAUAAUGUACAAUUCGUAUCCGUGACCGUUCAAUACACAAUCACGAUUAAUAUAUUAUUGGUAUGAUUAGGAGGUACACAUAUAUAUUAUCAGCUCUAGGUAGUGAGACUUAUAGCCCGUCGUAAUUUCUUAUGGUUUUGUUAAUUUUUUACAAUUAAUUCAGCUCGUGUAGGUAUAAUAUUGUGUUUACACUCGUGUGUACCGUGUGUAGACAUUUGUUCUUCGUUUUUUUUAAAUAAUUCGUUGUUAGCAUCGAGAUGAAAGACAAUCAUUUCUAACAAUAAUAAAAUAAUACCUACCCGUGUACGAAUAUUUAUACAAUUUUUUUUUUUCUCUAAUAAUAGGUAGGUAUGUAGGCUACAUAAUAAUAGGUAUAAAUUAUAACAAAAUAUAAUAAUAAUAAUAAUAAUAAUAAUAUAGGAACCUAUGCCAUUGAAAAGAUAAGAAAAUCUUGCCGUAAUAUUUAUGAGUAAUGGUCUCGGCUAAAAGAUAUAAUAUUGGACCAAUAGUGAUUGGCAAUAAUAAUAUGAUUGAAAUGAAUUUACUUUUGACUGAAAAUAAUAAAUGGCUUGAUACCCAUAGUGAAUAAUUGCAAUAGAAAUCUAUGAUUUUAUUAUCAAUUCUUGUUACUUAAUUUAAAUUUUUUAAAAAAAAAAUCUAAUAUUUCAUUAAAAUACUACUUUAUAUUUUCUCGUAAUAGUCUUAAUAAUAGUUCAAAUUUAAAUUUAAAAAAUUAAGUCCAUUUUGUUAAUUAUUUUUUUAGUAUUUUAACAAAGAUUUUAGUUUGGUAAAGUCUGAUGACUCACUGAUGGUAUUAAAACAUUUUAGAUACUAAAAAAUGACAAGUAUAAAAAUAAAAUAUAUACAUUGUAAAACCAAUACUUUCCUCACUACGCUUAGCAUAUAAAAACUAAUAGUAAAAUUAGGAUUAUGUUUCAAAUUAUGUUUAUUUAGCUUGGUUUACAUGGUUAACUAUGUCAAACUAUCAAAUAAAUAAAUAUUUAGAAAUCUAAAAUUUCAGUAUGACACUGAAUAUGAUAAGAUAUGAUUAUUAAUGUUAGUCGUUAGAGUUGAUAUUUAAAUGUAGUAUGAUGUAAUAAUUAAUUAUAUAGCUAUUAUUAUUACAUGAUCAAAUAUAUAAUAUUGACGGACCAAGUGACAAUACACUAACAAUUACUAUCUUUAUAUUUUGUUCCUAGGCUAAGAAUCUUAUCUACUACUCCUCGGAUUAAGAGCCUUUCAUUUAUUUUCAUGAUAAGUUGCUCACUUCGUGUGUAUCUUGAUCUGCAUUAAAAUUUACUUGAUAAUUCACAAAUGAUAAAUGAUAACAAUGAAGUAUAAAUACAAAUAUUUUUAUCAAUAGGUUUAGAAAAUUUCUAGUGAAUCAAAUAUUUUAAAAUAAAUUAUAAGAUAUUUUACUGUAUGAACCAGGUAUAAUCAAUCGUGUAAGUUUUCAAUUCAUUAGUAUUCAAAUAUUAUUGUUAAAUUAUUGACAAUUUGAAUAUAUGACAUGGAAGUUGUAUUUAACAAAUACAAUUAUAGAAAAUAAAUACCUAAUUCUAUGGAUAAAAACUGGUAUUACACAAUCCUAUUAUUCCAUGGGUUAUAGUGUGUUAUAAAUCUAUUACAUUUUAUACUCAAUUUGACAUUUAAACAUAAUAUAAUAUUUUAAAAUGAAUGUACUAUUUUAUACUAAACCAAUUCAAAAUGAUUAUAGAUUUAAGCAAAAUUCCAAAUUGUAUUUUAGUUUGGUAUACUUGGUUUUAUUUCAUGUAUUUAUUAUCUCAAUGUAAGUAAUCUUUUAGAUUCUGAGUGAAGUGAAGAAAAAUAAUGUAUUUUUUGUUUUACUAUGAUUUAUGAGAUUUUGCUAUUUGUUGUGUUUGUGAACAAAUUUUCUACCAAAAAUAUUGUUCCUAUCAAAAAGUUACAAAAAUCUUAGGUAACUGAUAUUUUGUUUAGUUUUUAUUUGAUUUUAUGUGAAUAAAAUUGUUUGGUCAAACUUAAAUGCUUGAAAAUUUAAUACAAGGUUCAUCAAAAGUUGUACUUUGUCGCAAAAAAAAAAUUGGAUUUUAAGUAGUUUUUUUUUUUUAAAAAAGUGUUUAAAAUUCAAUUUUUUACAAAAAUCUUAUUUAAAACACAUUUCACUAAAUUAUAGAUUAAAAUCUUAUUUUUUAAACAACAAUUUAUAUGUCGUGUACAAAUAUAAACUACAACUUUAUGUAUGAUACUUUCUUAACUUCCACAUUCAACAGUGGCUCACCCAUCGGUAGCAUUGGUUUUUUUAUAUUAUGAAUGAGCUAAUGUUGUAGUAUAUACUACUAAAGAUGAAAUUACUUGGCAAACUAGAUUAAGAAAUUUACCAAUUACUAAUAAAAACAAAGAAUUUAUUUAUAAAAAGAAUAUUAUAUUUAUAUUUAUAUAAUAAUUAAUUUUUCAAAUAAACCAGAAUAAAUUACAAUUUUGUUUCCAGACAAAAAUGUUAUUUAUACUUAAAUUUUUAAGAUUUAACAUAUUGAUUUUCACAAUAUAAUAUUACCAUUUACUGAAUUGGUUUUUCUCUUGUAAAAGUUAAUAUUGUAAAAAAAAAAAAAAAAACCAUUUGAAAAUUAUAUUAUUUAAUUUAAUACACUUGGGUAUGUUAGAUCAGUUUUAUAACAUUUAGAGGAUUCAAAAUUAAUUAUCUGUACCUUAUUGUCUUUUACAUAAUUUAAAAUUCAAUAUAUUAGGAAAAUUUACAUUUCAUGCAUAAUUUACCUCAUUACAUAUUUUGUGUUUUUACUAUAUUUCAGAUUCUCCUUCAUCAUCAGUGGUUGAAACCAAUACUAAUGAUGUACCAAAUGAGAAUCCAGAUUUUGUUGUUCCAGAACCAGGACCUGCAAAUUCUACUUCUAAAAUCACUUGUAGAGUAUGUCAAGAAAUGAUUGAUGUUAUGGGUAAAUUGGAUCAGCAUGUAGUGAAAUGUAAUCGCUGUAACGAAGCUACUGUGAGUGUACAUAAAUAUUUAAUUUAUAUAAUAUGAAAAUUACUGCAUAUUAUCAUUAUUUAAUAUACUAUUAUGUUUCAGCCAAUUAUGAGUGCUCCACCAGGCAAGAAAUAUGUACGCUGUUUGUGUCAUUGUCUUUUAAUUUGUAAAAGCUCAUCACAACGUAUUGCUUGUCCCCGUACAAACUGUAAACGAGUAAUUAACUUAGCUCCAAGUCCUGUAACACCCGCAGUCCCUCAAGUUUUAGGCAUGUGCCGAGUCACUUGUGUUCAUUGCCAAGAUACAUUCCUUGUGAGUGUACAAUUAAAUUAAAUUCAUUAAUUAUAAAACAAUUUAACUAAGGUUUUUUUUUUUCAGUUUAAUAUGCUACAAAAUGCCUUAGCUAGAUGCCCACAUUGUCGCAAAGUGUAAGUAUUAAUCAGGGGUUGGUUAAUUUGUAUAUAUUACUAAGAGCCAUUAAUAUAUCUGUUAUGGUGGAAGAUGUAAAUGUGGUAAAAGUUGACAUUUCUCUAAAAAUUGGUAAAUGUUGUAAUUGUAGUCAUUCCCCAGUUAUUGACAACAAUUAACAGUUAUAUUAGAGAAUGUUAAUUAUAAUUGAUCUCCAUAGUAAAAACAGCUAAUAUACAAAAAGGAGUGAGACAAAGCUGCUCCUUAUUACCCUGUUUAUUCAAUAUCAACAUUGAAAAAGCCAUAGCAGAAAUAAAACUAAAUCUAGAAGAGAGAAGGAUAGUAGGAGUAGUAAUAGGGGAAGUCCUAAUAUUCAUGAUACAAUUUGAGGAUGAAAUAGUUUUGCUUGUUACAUCCAAAGAAAAUGUGGAAAACAGCGCUUACUUAAAUGGCUGACAUAUUUUUAACAUUCAAAUUAUACAUAAAAAUGACACAAACAAAAGUACUAGUAUGCAGCAAACAAACUAAACCAAGCAUUAAUAUAUUCCUUAAAGGAAACAGAGUAUAGAAAAAGUGGAAGAAUUUUAAUGUUUAGUAAGCAUAAAUAAUAAGCAACAAUGGAAGAUCUGAAAAAGAAAUAAGUGGCAGAAUAGUUCAAGCAAAGAAGGCAUUUCUACUUAAGAAUAAAUUAUUAACAUCAAAGAAUAUAGGUUUAAAAACAAGGAAACAUUUAAUUAAAACAUAGGUAUGGAACAGCACUACAUGGCAGUGAAAGGUGGAUGCUUAAUAAGAAAAUAAAAAUACCUUAGAAGCCUUCAAAAUGUAAUGCUGGAAGAAAAUGGAGAAAAUAAAAUUGACAGAAAUGAAGUCAAACUAAGAAGUGUUAAAGUUAGUCAAAGAGAAAAAACCUUGUUAAGCAAUUUAAGGUCAGUGCAAUGGCGCAUGAUAGGUCAUAUCCUGAGGCACAAGGAGAAAUGAUAGAAGAGAAGCAAUGGAGAGGAAGGACAAGAAUGAGUUAUACAAGUCAAGUAAUUAAAGAUGCAAGAGUUUGUUCAUAAAAACAACUGUAGGGAUAGUCAAGAGAUUCUUGGAGAGAUUAUUUGUUGUACACCAAUCUACCAUUGACUGCUCCAAAAAAAAAAUUUAAAUAAAAAAGCUUUUAUAAAUCUAUAAUCAUCAUUAACUAAUAAACUUGUUAAAUUACUUCAUUUACUAGUAAAAGAUGUACAUUUAAAUUUAAAAUGCAGUUUUUUAUAUUUAUCUAUCUAAUUGAAUCAUUUUAGUAAAUUACAUCAUUGACCAAUUUAUUUCUUUCACUGUACCAUAUCUAUAGGAAACUUAAAAUGACUUCCUAUAUUAAUCAGAAAUCAUUAUUAUUAUUUUUUUUUUAAGGAAAACCAAGCAAUUUGAAAAAAUGCAAAUAAAAAAUUAAUUUUGUGUAAUGAUUCUCAAACAUUGCUCUGAAAUAAUAAUAUAUUUUACAAAUAAGUUAUUCAAUUUAUUUAUGUUUUUUUUUUUUACAAAUUAAAAUACAUAUUUGUAAAUGUUUUAUUUUAAACAGGCUGUAUAAAGUGUUAAAGUAUAUUUAUGUUUGAUUAUUGUUUUGGAAAAUUAAUGACCCAUGUGGAAGUAAUAGUUAUGUUGAUAAAUCAGCCAAUAGUGUAAAAUCAAAAAUGAUAGACAUUUUUUAAAUUAACCAGUUUAAAGUGUAGAAAAGCAUAUAAAUUAUAAUUCUUACCUUGAAUAAAUAACAUUUAUGUUAUGACAAAUGAAUAUACAAUUUCAAGUCAUUAAUUUUGUUUAAAGUUUGAACAAAGAGUAAUAAAUUUUGUUUUAAAUGUUAAAACUCAAAUCAAUAUCAAAUCAUAGUUUUCAAGAAAAUAUCUUUCUAAUUCCCAUAGGCCUUGAUGAAUUAAUUAAAUUUUAAAAAUUAUCAAACUCAUCUAAUUAAAUAACAAAAUGUUAAUUAUUUAUUUGUAGUUCAAAUUGUUACAUUACUACAUUUGUUUAAAUAAGUAUUCUUAAAUUGAAUAAAACUAUUAAGAAUACUGUAAAUAAUUUUGUUUUAUAAAUCUUUUAAAAAAUUAUUUAUUAUUGUAAUAUUUUGUAAAAUUUUAGAUCAUCUGUUGGUCCAGAGUUUGCAAAAGCGAAAGGCAUAUUUUUCUUUGUGGUUGCUAUAAUAUUGUUUCUAGUUGGCGGUGGAAUUACUUAUUUCACAUAUUCAUACGCAAUAAACCACAUUGGCUAUUUUUCCAUUCAUAUGGGUUAGUAUUAUGCAUAUUAAAUUAAUUCUUAACAUUACAAUUUAAUAUCAUUAUUUUUUUUCACAGUAAUUCUCAUGUUAACACUUAUAGCACUUUGGAAAUGUUUGUAUUACUGCAGAAUCAAAGUCAGUUCUAUUGAUGGGCCCGUUUAAAACACAAUAACAGUUUUAAUAAUAAGUAGGUUAUAACUUAUAAAAUAUAUCUAGAAUAUUGGCCAUUUUAUAUAAUAAUAUAAUUUUACAUAAUGGUAUAUAAUUAUAGUUUUAUACAAUUUGUAUUUUCAUUUAUUAGUUAUUGUAUUUGUGGAAUCUGGUAAUACUACUAUAAAGACUACUGGUAUUUACUAUCUAAUAUCAAAUAAUAAAACAUUUUUCAUAUUAUUUGUGUAUAAAAUUAAUGACAUUCAGUUAAAAACAUUUAUAAUAUAUUUAUUUACAGAAUAUUCCUUUAAAAAUUAAAUUAUUAAAAAAUAUAAUUUUAUGAUGUAUAAAACUUAACUGUUGAUAAUAUAUUAUAUAAAAAGAAAUAUAAUAUAUAAUAUAUCAUGUUAACACAUUUUUAGGUAAAAUAUAUUAUUUAAUAUAUAGAAUAUCUUGUAUCAUUAUAUUAUUAUUAUUAUAUUAUUUAUUAUUAUUAUCAUUUUACUUUAUUUUACGCUUAAAAAAAGAAAUUAUAGUUAAAAAUUAUUAUCCAAUAACCAAUUAUAUAUUUUAAAGACCAGUGUUAUAUUUUUUUUAACAAUAAAGUUUGAAUAAUAUAAUUAA